UUCACCCAGGAAAGAAGCCUAGAUCCAGCUGAAGCUGCCCAGUCCUUGCUUCCUGUGUUUUCUGCUGUCACCCAUCAUGGCGAUCCUGCACGCCCUUCUCGCCAUCCUUGUGGGCUCACUGGGGACUCUGGCUUCGCAAGGCCUUGAAAGGAAGAUCUUCAUUUUCCCAGAAGCAUCCAACACAGCUCCUGCCGUUUUGAGAACUGCCCUCCAGCAGCCUCUGACCAGCUUCACUGUGUGCCUCAGAUCCUACACAGACCUGAACCGUGCCUACAGCCUUUUCUCUUACACCUCUGGAAAGUCUGACAACGAGUUCACCAUCUUCAAACCCAAACCCGACCAGUACAGCUUGUUUGUGGGGGGAUCCAUCGUGACCUUCAGUGUAGUGGACUAUUUGAACUCCAAACCACAUUGGGAGAAUAUCUGUAUGAGUUGGGAGUCUGCCACAGGAAUAGUGCAGGGUUGGGUGAAUUCACAAGGCAUGCCCCGCAAGGGUAUGAAGCAAGGUUAUACUAUCAGUUCUGAUGCUUCAAUCAUACUCGGGCAGCAGCAGAAUUCCUUUGGAGAUGGCUUUGACAUCAACCAAUCCUUUGUAGGUGAGAUUACAGAUGUGUAUUUGUGGGGUCGAGUGCUUUCCCAAGAAGAAAUGGAUCUCUUUCGCAAUCGCAAACCUCCUUCUGACUACUUGAUCGAUUGGCAACCUCUUAAUUAUGAAAUCAAUGACUAUGUGGUGGUUAAACCCCUGUUUUCCAGCAACAUGUGAGUCUGCAAAACAGAGAGCUUUAUGGGGAGGGAUUGUUGUUACCAUAGCUUAUGUUUCUGUAUAGCAGUAAGGCAGCAUUUCUAAGGAUAUUUUCCUGGGAGUUAAGUCCUGUAGAAUAACAUGGGGCAUACUUCUGAGUAGACCUGCUUUAACUUGCUCUUUCAGUCCUUGAUCUGUUCAUUCAAACUCUUUCAUGAAACUCAUAAACCUGUCUUCUUCAAUAAAAUAUUUCAUUUUC